AUGUCCGGGGCGAAUGUGACUGCUCAAAAGGACCCGAUCAACGGAUUACGAAGUCGAGGUGGAGCUCACACAAACAAACAGCGCGCGUUAGCUGCUGUCACCGGUGGCUUCGUGGCCGAUGCUGCGACGAUGGGGCUACACUGGAUCUAUGACGAUGAAAAGAUGAAGCAGCUCGCAGUGGCGCAUGGCUCGGCUGGCCCCGAGUUCUAUGAGCCGCCGUCUUGCCCCUUCUACUCGUACGAAAGCGGCGCCUUGUCGCCGUAUGGGGACGAGAUUCUGCCCUUACUGCAGGACGUGGCGGAACGGGGUGAGUUCGUGCCGGAGAAGUUUGCUAUGACGUCCUACCAUGCUGCUAAGACUUACACGGGUAGACUGAACAGCGUCUUCAAGGAAAUGAUUAUCAAAGGUGACGCCGGCAAUAAGUACCCUGACCUGGCAUCUCCCAGCAAGGAUCUACACGGCGGCAUCAAGGCACCCAUUCUGGUUGCAACCUAUUAUGAGGACUCAUCGCUAUUGCUGCAAAAGAUACGCGAGGCUGUGCAUGUGCACGAGAUCGGAGCGGAGGCGGAAAACGCGGCGGUAGCCACGGCACUGCUACUUCAUGCAACAUCUAUUCAGCAAGUCAUUGAUGCAGUAGAUGCAAAGACCUUUUCUGACGCCACAGCAGCUAUCGCUCAUUUUGGCAAAUCGUGCUCGUUGCCUGGUGCGCUACAAGGGUCUUUGUUUGUGCUGCUGACCUCCGCCGGUUUUGUGGAAGCGUUGCGAGCUAACAUGUUGGCGGGUGGGGACAACUGCAGCCGCGCCAUCGCUAUUGGAGCUGUCACUGCAGCCAUGCAAGGUGGUGAUGCCAUUCCUGUUGAAUGGAAGGAAAAGACCAAGGUUUAUGCGCAAGUUCAAAGACUCGCAGAGAAGAUUGUCCACUGA